AUACAGGACAUGCUGCUGAUAUGAAUAUGUUUUUAGAUGAUCCAGAAUUUGCAGAAAUUAUUCUGAGAGCAGAACAAGCUAUAGAGUGUGGAGUGUUUCCAGAAAGAAUCUCUCAAGGGUCCAGUGGGAGUUACUUUGCCAAGGAUCCAAAAGGGAAAAUUAUUGGAGUGUUCAAACCAAAAUCUGAAGAGCCUUAUGGACAUCUAAAUCCAAAAUGGACCAAAUAUUUUCACAAAGUUUGUUGUCCUUGCUGCUUUGGCAGAGGCUGCCUCGUUCCAAAUCAGGGAUACCUCUCUGAAGCUGGUGCCUAUCUUGUGGAUGACAAGCUGGGACUAGGAGUUGUACCUAAAACUAAGGUUGUCUGGCUUGUCAGUGAAACCUUUAAUUACAGUGCAAUAGAUCGUGCAAAGUCAAGAGGAAAAAAAUACGCUUUAGAGAAAGUGCCAAAAGUUGCUAAAAAAUUUAAUCGAAUUGGACUACCUCCUAAGGUUGGCUCCUUCCAGCUGUUUGUUGAAGGGUAUAAGGAAGCUGACUACUGGCUCAGGAAGUUUGAAACUGAUCCUUUACCUGAGAACACAAGGAAAGAAUUUCAGUCACAGUUUGAAAGACUGGUUAUCUUGGAUUAUGUCAUCAGAAAUACAGACAGAGGUAACGAUAACUGGUUAGUCAGGUAUGAAAAACAAGAUGAUGGACUUGAUCUGUCAGAUAAGGAUAGCCAAUGGACUAUAACUGAAGAAUCUACUAUUAAAAUUGCUGCAAUUGACAAUGGUUUAGCAUUUCCAUUUAAGCAUCCUGAUGAGUGGAGGGCAUAUCCCUUCCACUGGGCUUGGCUUCCUCAAGCAAAAGUUCCUUUCUCUCAGGAGACCAGAGACUUAGUUCUUCCUCGCAUUUCUGAUAUGAACUUUGUACAGGAUCUCUGUGAAGAUCUUUAUGAACUAUUUAAGACGGAUAAAGGAUUUGACAAGGCUACCUUUGAAAACCAAAUGUCUGUUAUGAGGGGGCAGAUACUAAACCUUACUCAGGCGUUAAAGGAUGAGAAAAGUCCCCUUCAGCUUGUUCAGAUGCCACGUGUGAUUGUGGAGCGAAGUAGCACUGGAAGUCAGGGCCGGAUUGUUCACCUGAGUAAUGCAUUCACACAGACCUUUCAUAGCAGGAAGCCUUUCUUUUCAUCCUGGUAGCAACAAAAAUAAGAGGGAAGAGUAAGUUUUUCUUAACUUUAGAAAGCUGUUUCUGUACAAAGGCUCUGCAAUAAUGCAUUUCUGCUGUAUACCAAGAGCUCUGACUGCCGUCACCUCAGAACUUAAAAUCUAAAGACUUAAGAAAUGUGUUUUGAAUGUAAUAAAAGUUUACAAUUUUUGUGUCAAAAUUGUGAAUUCUUAUGUCAGGGAAUGAGAAGAACUUGUCCAUAUUGUAUUUUUAUAGGCUAAAUUAAUGUAUUCUGAAGAAUAUUCUGAAUAAGGGAAGAUAAACACAGUUUGCAUAUGCUGAGAAACUACUUUUGAAUACAACAGGAAUUUUUUUGUUUAAUAUAAAUUUGAGAACCUAUAUGCUAUCAAUUUCUUUUUAUAUGAUCUUUAAAAAAAAAAGUGCAGAAUGUUAUCUUUGAUUGUGAAAAUGUUUUUCCUUGGAAUUUCUUCCUGAUAUUUUAAGCAGCUUAUAGAUUUUCAUAGGCUAGGUACUUGAAUAGUUAUGCACUUAAAAAAAAAUAAUUAAAAAAUGGUCUAUCCUUGA